CAACGCGACACCCUCGCUUCCACCGUGCCUUCGAUCGCUACCUGCUGGUCUUUUCGCCGUCGUCAUGGCCGCACCGCGGACACCGCCGCCGCCGCCGCCGCUGAUCGGGAAGGCCGGGUGCUACACCAUCUUCAUUACCCCGCCUACGACUCCGACGCCAUCCGAGCUCCCAAGAUCCCCCAUUGCGAGCCCUGCCCCGAGCCUUCGCGCCAACAACCCUGACAAGGAUGCUCCUUUGCCGGCUAACGCUCCUUCUCCGCUGCUGCCGACGCCUCCAAUCGUGGCGCCGCCACCGGUUCAGGUCCCACCUCUGCGGUUCGAGAAGCCAGUCUCCACGUCAUCUGGGUCCGUGUUCGGGUUCUUCUGGGACGCCGUCGCCGAAGUACAAGAUGCGCAUUCAAAGUUGGACGAUUUCUUGGCGGAUUGGUUUGGGUUAAACCAUUCCAAGUACCAGUGGGCGUUGAAUGAAUACCACGAGCACAAUGAGAAGGAUAAGGAAAGUAGUAAAGUCAAUAAACCAAAAGAGCUCGUCGAUAGAGGAUAUUCUGUCUAAUAACUUACCAGUGAGCAGCAAACUUUUUCAACACUGGUGUGUGGAUUAUAGAGUUAAAAACAUGUCUGAUGAAUGCAGUUUAUGAUAGUGUAUCAAUGCUUCGAAGCAGUCAAUGCAUUACUGACAAAUUGGUCCUUUGGGCAGUGGUCAGUCCAUUUUAGGAGGAUAGAAUAUACAAUAAAUAAGUUCGUCUGCAAAUGUUUUCCAUUGUUUGCAUGUUGAUAUUUGCUCCUUUGGGUAUCAGUGAUGUGAACUGUCUUUGAACAUUUAUCAACUCAUCUCUCCAAAAGCAAUCAAAAUAGUCACAGUUUGCUUUUUGUAUGACAUAAACAGCUCUUCCCUGUAAUAUGAAUAUCCUAUUUACUUAAUAUUUUCUUAAAUACUUUGAUUCCCUAUUAUAUUAUGCCUUUUUACAGAGU